AUGGGCAACAGCCAGGGCAAACCCGUUGACCUCAACGGCGAAGUGAACCUCAACCACUUCCGCCUGCUUCGGGUCGUGGGCCGCGGAGCCUUUGGCAAGGUCCGAAUCGUCGAGAGAAAAGACACGAGUCUGUCGUUUGCCCUCAAAUACAUACGGAAGGAUGAAGUCGUCCGGUCAGAAAGCGUGCGGAACAUCAUACGAGAACGGCGCAUGCUCGAGCAUGUGAAUCACCCUUUCAUAUGUAACUUGCGUUACAGCUUCCAAGACAUUGAGUACAUGUAUCUAGUGGUCGACCUGAUGACCGGCGGUGACCUUCGAUUCCACAUCUCGAGAAAGACAUUCACAGAAGAGGCCGUCCGCUUCUGGAUUGCAGAGCUGGGUUGCGCCCUCAAGUACAUACAUGAGCAGGGCAUCAUCCACCGAGACGUAAAGCCCGAUAAUGUCCUGCUGGAUGCCGACGGCCAUGUUCACUUGACAGACUUUAACGUCGCUUCAGAUGUCAUUCCAGGCAAAGUUCUGACUAGCAAGUCUGGAACCCUAGCCUACCUCGCCCCUGAGGUAUACAGCGGCAAAGGCUACACAGUAACAGCCGAUUGGUGGUCGCUAGGCGUUCUGUUCUAUGAAUGCAUUUACAACAAGCGGCCAUUCGAGGGCAACUCGGAAUCGAGCCUAUCUAAUGUAAUCACUGCUGCUAACCCCAAGUUUCCCAUAACUUCUCCUCCCGUCGGGCUGCCCUGUCUCUACGCCAUCCAGAAAGCCCUAGACCCCAAUCCCAAGACCCGCAUGGGCUCGACAUGGGCCAGCUUCACAGACCACGAGUUUUUCAGAGUCAUCAACUUCGACGCCCUGCUCAGGAAGGAGCUUGAGCCUGUGUUCGUGCCAUCCGCCGAUAAGACGAAUUUCGACGCCACUUAUGACUUGGAAGAGCUGUUAUUAGAAGAGGCCCCUCUGGAGGCGCGGGCACGGAGACAGAAGCCGCGGGAGAAGCUCAAGGACGAUGCGACGGAGAAGGAGAUCCGCGAGGAGGAGCUCUACAAAUCCAUCGAGCGCGAUUUCCAGCCCUUUGACUACACUGUGGCUGCGUACAACAAGAUCACUGCGAUGCAGAAUUCCGACGGGUCUCACGGGCCAGGCCAUGUAGACGGCUCCACUCACGGCCAGGCUAUGAGCGUGAACACGGCCGUCCAGGCACAGUCGGCGAACGGCAACGUCGGCAUCUACAGGCCGGAGCCAGUGCAGAGGCACAUGUCAAGCGAACAGGCUCAUCAUGAACGACAGGGUCGAGGAGUCCCUGGCCGGCCUGCGCCUCUCCCGCCUUACCCCACGUCGUACACGAGUCGCAGUACGCAACCUUCGGGCAUGAGGGUGGAAUCUCCCACCGGCGGUGUGCAAGUAACGAUCGACGCUGCCGGCAGCUGGUCGCAAUUAGCACGCCAGGAUGCGACCUUGCCCACCGAUGCCAACGCCACGAACGACGACAAGUCGGGAGGCUCCAGCAGUGGUGUGUUCGGUCUGUUCGGACGCAAGAAGGGUCGCGGCCAUAGCCCGAAACCAAAGGAGAGGGGAGUCCUGGGGAAAGAAGGAGCUAGAGUCAUUAUUGGCUGA